AUGCCGCAGUAUCCACAGGGUUAUUUUAUCUUCAGCGCAGCCGAAUGCAUAUCUGACUUCAAUCGGCUCCGAUCAGGGCCGGAAGCCACCAGACCCAAGUUCAUGAUCUACAAGCUCUCCGAUGACAACCAAGACAUCGUAGCCGAGGAAACAUCCACGGAGAAAGACUACGACACAUUUCUCCUGAAGUUAUGGGAAUCAGUCGACAAAGAUGGCAAUCUGGCUCCACGGUAUGCAAUUUACGACAUGGAGUAUGAUCUUCCAGAGGGCGAAGGAAAGCGUCACUGGCUGUGCAGUAACACGACCCUCUUCGUCCGCUGGGGGAAUUGCCACGCGCCUCUCAAGCAAAACAUGCGGUAUCUUGCAAGGAUGCAAUUCAGAGGAGUUGAUCCCAACGUCUUGGUUGUUGAGGCUGACAGCCUGCCAGAUCUUUGA